AUGUCGGUCUCGACUCAGUCAGGAACAGAAUCGCGAGGCUCCUCGUCUGGUUCGCCUUCUUCGAGCGCCUCUUCGUCGGUCACAACUCCUGAACCUUCCAGUCCUACACUUUCGGCUGCGAAAGCAAUCUCUCAAGAUGCAGCAGCGUCACCCGAUCCGUUCUUGCCAAGGCCUUACUACGACGACAAGCUCCUUCCAGCAAUCCCCUCGUCGGAAACGGUGCAGCCGUUGGCCACCGACUCCAACACACCGGACAACUGGAUUGCGCGCGACGAGCGUAUGAUCCGCCUCACUGGCAAGCAUCCAUGCAACACCGAGGCGCCGCUUGCCGAUCUCUUCUCCAAGGGAUUCCUCACUCCGCAAAACCUCUUUUACGUCCGCUCGCACGGCGACACGCCCAGGGUGACGCAAGAGCAGGCAGAGCAGUGGAAGCUCAAGGUGCACGGCCUCGUGCACCGCGAGAUCGAGUUCAGCAUCCAAGAGCUCAAAGAAAAGUUCCCGACAUACACUCUGCCAAUCACGCUUGUCUGCGCAGGCAACAGACGCAAAGAGCAGAACAUGGUCGCAAAAGGACUUGGCUUCAACUGGGGUGCUGCGGGUGUCUCUACCGGUCUCUUCACGGGCGUGUACCUCGCCGACAUUCUCGAAUACUGCAAACCAAAGAGCCCGCUUCUGUCGUCGUUCCCGGCCUACGAUGUCGUCGUUCCCGGACGCGCAAGGCACGUGGUGUUUGAAGGCGCCGACGUGCUGCCCAAGGGCAAGUACGGCACUUCUCAGCGCCUCAACUGGGCUCUCGAUCGUAGCAAAGGUAUGAUGAUCGCCUGGGGUCUGAACGGUGAAGACCUUUCUCCAGACCAUGGCUAUCCAUUGCGCCUCGUCGUGCCUGGACAGAUCGGCGGCAGGAUGGUCAAGUGGCUCGACCGUAUCGAGGUGUCGGAUCGCGAGAGCCAGCAUCAUCUGCACUUCCACGACAACAAGGUGCUUCCAACCGAGGUCACGGCAGACCAGGCUAGGAGCGAAAUGCACUGGUGGUACGACCCCAAGUACAUCAUCAACGACCUCAACGUCAACGCUGCUAUCUGCUCGCCCGAUCACAAUCAGGUCAUCGACUUUGUCGGUUCAAGCUCAUCUCAGCCACAGAUACUUCCCAUCCAGGGCUACGCAUACACUGGUGGUGGAAGACGCAUCGCUCGAGUCGAGAUCUCGCUCGACGACGGCAACACCUGGAAGUGUGCCAGCAUCCACUGCCCGGAGGACCUCUACCGCAUGUACCCCAUCCAAGAUCACCCCUACUUUGGCACUCUGGAUCUCAGCUCGAGCGAGAUGAGCUUUGCCUGGUGCUUCUGGCGGCUUGACAUCGAUGUCCAAGCGGAUCUGAUCGCCAAAGAGGUCAAGGUCAUCUCGGUGCGAGCCAUGGACGAGGGUCUGGCGACCAUGCCGAGGGACAUGUACUGGAAUGCGACGUCGAUGAUGAACUCCUGGUGGUUCCGUGUCGCCGUCCAUCGCGAGGGACCCGACGGCAGCAAGAUUCGCUUCGAGCAUCCAACGCUGGCUGGAAACGCGCCGGGCGGAUGGAUGCAAAGGAUGAACGAGGCCGGUGCCAAUCCGCGCUAUCCUGACUUCGGCGGUGCGAGCAGCUCCACCUCCCAAAGCUCUCUGCCUGCCGCCGAGACUCAGUCUGCCGAAAAGGAGGCGAAAGAGGACGACAGAGCCGUCAUGCUCAAUCCGGCCAAAGCUGACGUUGUCGUCUCUGCUACAGAUCUCGCAGCUCAUAGCGAUGGAGAGGGGCCUGAACCGUGGUUCGUCGUACAUGGCCACGUCUAUGAUGGGACGGGAUUCCUGAAAGACCAUCCUGGUGGCGAUCAGUCCAUCCGCCUUGUGGCAGGUGAAGAUGCUACCGAGGACUUUAUGGCGAUCCACUCGAUGGAUGCCAAGAAGAUGCUCAGAGACUACCACGUGGGCCGUCUGCAAGAAGUCGACUCAUCGGCUGCUGCUACAACGCCCCAUAGCGAGCCAGAUGUGAUCGACACGAGCAAACCGUUCUUGGAUCCGAAGAAGUGGCGUGCCACGCGCCUGGUGAGCAAGCAGAUCAUCUCUCCAGACGCACGCAUCUUCCGUUUCGCCCUUGCUGGAUCCGAUCAGGAGCUGGGUCUACCCGUGGGGCAGCACGUCUUUGUGCGUGUUAGGCGCAAGGAUCCCAAGACGGGCGAGAUCGAGACGGUUCAGCGAGCGUAUACUCCGUACAGUGGCAACACCCAGCGCGGCUUCCUGGACAUCCUGAUCAAGGUGUACUUCCCUUCGCUUCCUGCGCAAGCCGGAGGGGAGGGUGGCAAUGUAUCUUUUGAAGGCGGAAAGAUGACGAUGCUUCUCGAGAACAUCGACCUUGCAUCGCAGGCCGAUGCAAACCUGUCCAUCGAGCUCAAGGGUCCUCUUGGCUCGUUCACCUAUCUGGGUGACCGACAGAUCAAGUGGCGGCCGACUAAUGCGAUCCGUCGCGUGCGCAAGCUCGCCAUGAUCGCGGGCGGCAGUGGCAUCACGCCGAUCUGGUCGACGCUCAAAGCCAUCGCUGACGAGGUUCUGGCAGGAGGCCCGGCCGCGUCGGAUCCCAUCCAGAUGUGGAUCGUCUACGGCAACAGGACAGAGCAAGACAUUCUCAUCCGCGAAGAGCUCGAGCGCCUUCGCACAGCACUGCAGGGCAAUCUCUAUGUCUGGCAUGUUCUCAGCAGCUGCGCUUCCGACUCCACGUGGGCCAUGGGUCGCGGCCACGUCAAUCUCGACUGCCUCCGACAGCACUUGCCGCCACCGCCGCCCGUGCCCAGCUCGCCAGAGGAGCUCGAGGACACGCUGGCACUGGUGUGCGGUCCGCCGCCGAUGGAGAAGGCUGUCUCGGCAGGCCUCAAGCAGCUCGGAUGGGACCUGGACCGCACCGUCGUUUUCUUCUGA